GUCAUGGCGAGCAGAGGGAAGUCAAAGAAUAUCAGUCAUCCUGCGCCACCAGUACGACGGCGCCGAGUAUAUCCUGGGAUCCUCGCGAUGCGUUUGGUGGGACGAACAGCAGAACGGAUGGAAUGACACCGGGUGCCAACGGAUUACCUCCACGCACACGUACACAGAAUGCUCUUGCGAUCACCUUACCAAUCUCGCGGUCAUCAUGGAUAUUAAUGGAGUCAUUCAGAAGGAUAGUACCUUAUACCUCAUAUCGCAGUGGAUCACCAUCGUGGGUUUCUCCGUGUCCAUCCCAAGCCUCCUGCUUAGCGUCCUGUGCCUCCUCUGCUUCCGAAGUGUCCGCGUCCGAAAGAGUUCAAUCAUCCACGCCAAUCUCUGCUUGAAUCUGCUCAUAGCGGAGAUAGUCUUGCUAGCCGGUCUGGACGCCACCCACAAUGCCGUGGGGUGCGCGGUGGUGGCAGCGAUCCUCCACUACUUCUUCCUUGCCACCUUUACCUGGAGCGCCAUCGAGGCCUUCCACAUGUACCUCAACUUCAUCAAGGUAUUCUCCACGAUGGUAUCUCCUCUCAAGUACUACCUUGGCUUUGGCUACGGCAUCCCGACUCUGUUCGUCUCCAUAACACUUGGCGUCACGCAGGGCCGCGGUUACGGGUCUGAGAGAGCAUGCUGGCUCGAUGGUGCACUGAUCUGGGCUUUCGCUGGACCCCUUGCCUUUGUCGUAACGAGCAACCUGGUGGCCUUCGGGAUGAUCAUGCGCGUGGUGUGGUGCGACAAGGGCGUGGGCGACCUGCAGCGCCGCCGCUCGCGCCAGCAGCUCCUCAAAAGGCUCAAAGGAUCCGUGUCCCUCUUCCUCCUCCUUGGGGUCACCUGGAUCUCGGGAUUCCUCUACUUUGCUGAAGCAACUUCCUUCAUGGCUAUCGUGUUCACAAUCCUCAACGCUUUCCAAGGCCUCGGGAUCUUCAUACUAACCAUCAUUACCGACAAUAAAAUCUUGCAGGAGAUUAAGAAGUUGUUCGGCAGGAAGGUGGAUGAUCCCAAAACGUCUUACACCUCGAGGACGACCACAGUUGUAAACUAAGAUAAACAAAUCACUUGACUUGGAACUGACAUGGUCUUCGCUGGUCAUCAUAUUCGUUUAUGAAAAGCCAAGUGAUUUUGUUCUGUGUCUUAAACCACAAUGGGAGAGCUAUACUUAUCUUUAGAGGAUAGUAAAGUUAGAAUUCACUAAAUAGAUUUACAGAAUGAUUAACCGAAUUCAUAGAAAUACACCCAUAUUAUUGCCAUUAUAUUGAGAUAAUAAACACUGCUGAUACAA